AUGGCGCCCGCAUCAUCCAAACCGCUCACCCUCUCCUUUCUAGGGAAACUUUCCCUUCUCUUCAAACUUCUCGUCGUCGCCCCUCCAACCCUCCUAAUCAACAACCUCCGCUGCCACCUCCUCGCCCACCUCCGCGGCGCCUCCCUCAAAUACUACACCCUCUGCGCCUUCAACAAAUUCGGCCUCCGCCACCUCACCCCCCUCCAACUCCAGUUUAUGAAACCCCCCACCGUCGCCUAUUACAAAUCAUGGGUUAGAAAGCAGUCCAUCGCCGCCAUCAAGCGGCUCUCCACCUCCAAUGACACCCCCAAACCAGAGGACCUAGUGUUAUCCGAGCUCAAAGUCGACAUUGAAUCCCUUCACGACGGGCAAUCCUCGCUCCUCUGGCUAGGCCACCGCACCAAAGCCAAAAAGGUCGUCCUUUUCUUCCACGGAGGGGGGUACGCCAUCCCCAUGUUACCAGGCCACAUCAACUGGUGUCACCGCGCUUACCUCCUCGCCUCCCCCGGCGACGUCGCCGUGGCGAUACUGCAGUACACCCUUGUCCCUCAUGGUAAAUAUCCGACGCAGCUGAAGCAAGCCGCGGCAGGGUUGGAUCAUAUCCUCAAAGCGGGGGUCAAGCCAGAAAAUAUCAUCUUCGGUGGUGACUCCGCUGGUGGAAACCUAACUUGCUCACUCCUCUCCCACCUUCUGCACCCCCACCCAGACGCGGUGGCCGUCUCCCUUUCUCGACCUAUCGCCGGCGCGUUUUUGGUGUCGCCUUGGGUGUCGACUAGGACCGACACGGCUAGUUACAAAAAGAACAACGGGAUUGACAUGCUGUCUACCCCCACCAUUGACUCCGCCUGUGGGCAUUUGCUACCCGAAAACUUGACAGACGAGGACAGGGCGUGGGUUAUGCCUAUUGAUCUACCGCGGGAGAGGCAGGAGGCGUGGUUCAAGGGGUUGGACAAGGUUGUUUCGGAGGUGUACAUCACGGCAGGGGAACAGGAGGUUUUCUUGGAUCAAAGCGUGCAGUUGGCGGACGUGUUCAAGAAGGUGAACAACAAACUGGAUGUCAAGGUUGAGCUGAUGAAGAGUGAGGCGCAUGAUUGGAUUCUGCUGGAGGGUGAGAAUCAGCAUGAUGGGGAUGCGACCAAGAGGAUGAGGAGUUGGGUUAGGGGGUUGUGGGGGUUUAAAUAG